AUUUAAACGGAAACAAGUUGCUUUUUGUUUAAUUACCUUAAAGAAAAAAUGUUGGAAUAAAGUAGUGGCGAAAAUCGGCAAAUGCAUCGUAAAUCUUUAAAAUAAAAAGAAAUCUUGUUUGUGUAAUAACUAACUUGCUAACUUCUUCCGAUAAGAACUAGCAUCACUAGCCAGCUGAUCUUUGAUCAUUACCAUGAUUAACCAAUACAUUCCAAUUCUCUAAUAAACUAAACUAAAGGGAAAAAAUAACAUUUUAAAUUAAUUUUGUGACUUAAAAACUAAUAAAUAAUUAACUACGAUCAGAACGAAAGUAGCUUAAAUUUGAACAAUAAUGAGCUCCGAUUCGCCAGUUUAUUAUAACGCGGAUGCAGUGCGUCGUGUUCUCACCUGGCCGCUGGUCAAUGAAGCCGUUGAAUCGGCGCUGGUUGCCAUAGUUAAGCCACAGGAUGAGGAGGAAUCGUCCUUUGCAAUCCAACCGAAAAGGAGUUUCACCCCCUGUGGUAGUAACUCCGGAAAGAUUCUCUUAACCAUGCCCGCCUUCGUGGGAAACUACAGUCUGGGAUCGGGAUCCAAAUCCCCAGAGGGGAAACCAACUCCUUGCUCCACUCUGGCCUGCAAGUUGGUGACCUCCUUCAGUAAGAAUCCCCAGCGGGAUCCGCCGCUGCCCAGCAUCCAUGCCCAUGUCCUCCUAUUCGACAAUCAGACGGGUCAGCUAUCGGCCAUUAUGGAGGGCACCGAUUUGACCACCUGGCGCACGGUUUCCGCCUCGCUGGUGGCCACCAAACAUCUGUACUUCCGUCGCUUUGGCUCGCAGGCGGAGUCAGAAAGGGAAAUCAACGUGGCCAUCGUGGGCUGCGGCGUCCAAGGGCAACUACAUGCCGCCGCCUUUUGUGCCAACUUCCGGGUGAAGCAACUAAACCUCUUCAAUCGCACGGCGACGAAGGCCCAAGAAUUGGCAGAGAAACUGCGGCAGGAACUGGACGGCAGAAGUGAGACUCUAAUAACAGUAUGCCAAAGUGCGAAGGAAGCUUGCCAGGUGGCCGAUGUCAUCUGUAUUGCCACGUACUCCAAGGAGCCGCUCAUCCAUUUUGACUACCUAAAAAGCCAACAAGGCGUUCACAUCAAUGCUGUGGGUGCUGGCGAAGUCCACUUUUCUGAGGUGGCUCCUGAUAUUUACCACCAAGCUAAGGUCUAUGUAGACUGCUAUUCCAAUGCCGAGGCCGAAUUGGUAGGUCUUCCAGCUCCGAUCACCGCUGAAUUGGGAGCCAUUGUUCUCAAUAGGAACUAUCCCGCGAAGGCAGACAUCACUAUUUUUCAAUCCAUGGGCAUGGCUUCGGAGGAUGCCUGUGUGGCUCAGGCGGUUCAGAAUGCCAUUCUCUCCAGCCCCGGAGGUUCCUGAUUGCUUCAAACCAUUCAAACCACCGUCCUCUUAACCGUUCAUGUAUAUAUAUGUGUAUAUAAAAAGCUAUUGGAAACAUAACAA